AUGACAGAUGUACAGUUAGUUAGUGUAUUCCAAAAGUUGAGAAAGAUCGUUGAGGAGACUCAGGUCUACUGUAAACGUGUAGACUUCUUGAAAGAGAAUGGUUUACCAAUUGCAAGCAAUAACAAUCUAUUCGAAGAGGAUGACGAUUUGUUGUUCCCACUUGAGAUUGGUAAUGAGAUGUAUUUGAAAGCAUUGACUGUAUAUCAACAACAUAAGACAUUCAUAGAAAAUAUAGAGAAGUCAAUCAACAAGUGUGUAGAUAAGAUUGGAAAGAAUGAACGAUCAAAGUCGAUUGCCAAUCAUCUUUCAGCGACAACGAAUUCAUCUUCUUCGUCUAGUGAUGAAGACACUGAGAAACAAGACAAGCGCACUACAAACAAACGAAAGACAAUGAGCUCAAAUAGCAGUGGCGGUGGCAGUCUGACCCAGAAGAUAAAGCGUGUAAAGCAACCAACUGAGCCACCAAGCAAUGGUGCCACUGCUGCCGCAGCUUCAUCCACAACAACCACCACCACCUCCACCUCAUCCACAACAACCACCGAAUCACCUAUAACCGAAGCAAAAGAGGUAUCACCGACCACCUCCCAGAAAUCAACUCCAGCUGGUGCACCUGCUGCCCCAGCUCCGUCGGCGGCCACACCCGAAUCCAUCCCGAUUGGCACACAGGUUGCGGCCAAGGACCGAUCAAACAACUGGAUCCUGGCCAAGGUGAACUCGUUCAACGCCAAGACACAAAAGUAUGAGCUGAUCGAUGAGGAUGAAGCAGAGUCCAAGAAGUUCACGGUCAGUCUAAAGGACAUCAUUCAGCUGCCGACUACCGCCGCCCUGGCCAACACAUUCGCCACCAACACCAAGGUACUGGCGAUGUUCCCCGACACGACCACAUUCUAUCCAGCUCUCGUGGUAGGCUCACAGAAGAUCAAGAACAAGACCACUCAGUACACUCUGCACUUUGACGAUGACGCUGGAGAGAAUGGACAAACACCAAACAGGAAGGUAGCUGCCCAAUAUGUAAUACUAAAACAGUAA